CCCUGAUCUGUGGUGCAGGCAGGAUGGCAUCACCCACCUCGAAGAAGCUGGAGGGGAAGUUAGUGUGCUCCAUCUGCCUGGAGCUUUUCAGGGUGCCUGUGACCUUGCCUUGUGGGCACAACAUCAGCAACCACUAGAAAAAGCAAGAACAGGAGCCUGCCUGGGCAGAGAGCGGCUACACAUGCCCCGAGUGCCGCAGGGGCUUCAACCAGCGGCCAGAGCUGGAAAAGAAUGUCACCCUGUGCAGCGUGGUGCAGCUGGCACGGGAUGGCGUGGCGUGGGUCUUGGACACAGAGAGGUGUGAGAUGGCCCGCGGUGAGCUGUGCCCACAGCAUAGGCACCUGCUGGAGCUGUAUUGCAAGGAUGAGCAGCGGUGUAUCUGCUGUGUCUGCACGGUGUGACAAUGCCAGCGGCACCAACGGGUGCUCUUUGAGGAGGAACACUCAAAACAGCAGGCUCUUUUGAAAGAGUCCAUGGAAGAAGCCCAGAAGGAAUCAGAGAAGAUCAAGCAGGUAAUGCAGAAGCUGGAGGAGCAAACACUCAGCAUCAAGGACUCUUCCGAGGGGCUCAAAUUGGUCAUUCUGAGCAAAUUUGCCCUCCUGAAGAAAGCCCUGGAGGAUUGCCAGUGGCAGACAGUGGCCAAGAUCGAGCAAGAGCAGGCUGUGGCACUGGGACGUAUGGGGGAGGACUGGAACCGCCUGAAGGACCGCCUGGACAUUCUUAGCCAGCACAGGGAGAGGGUUCAGCAACUCCUGGGCUGCCCUGACAACAGGACCUUCCUCCAGGAGUUCCCCCUGCUCCCAUCUCUGGAGAGCCCAGAGGUGCUGCUCCCAAUGGACUUUGAUGUGGUUGGCAUGGUCAAGCCCAUCACCAAGAUCCUCAACAACAUCUCCAGGCUUCUGCUGGAGGACCUGCCCAGCUCUGUGGCCCCCAAAGCCCCUGACCCUGUUGUCCAAGGCCCAGUGCAUCCCCAGGCGAUGGUGGUGAAGGUGGCAACCCACCUCCCUGAUUGCCUGGGAGCACAGUUCCGAGCUGAGCUUCUGAAGGACCACCGCAACCUGACCUUUGAUCCCAGGACGGCCAACAAGUACCUGGAGCUGUCAAAAGGCAACUGGAAAGCCAAGCACAGCCCCAUCACCAUCUGUAGGUGGCAGGAGCAGGAACCCCGCUUCGAGCCCUGGCAGGUGCUGUGCAAGCAGGGCUACAGCCAUGGCCACCACUACUGGGAGGUGAAGAUCUCCAGCCACUCCGUUGUCCUGGGGGUGACCUAUCGCAGCCUCCCCCAGGAGCGGAAGCAGGCACACAAUUUCAACAUUGGUCUGGACGGGGGCUCAUGGGGGCUGCAGGUGCUGGAGGAUUGCUACCUGGCCUGGCACAAGGGCCGGCUGCAGAAAAUCCAGGAACAGCUGUGUAGGAACCUGGGGGUCAGCCUGGAUUAUGACAAGGGGCUCCUCUCCUUCUACGGGCUUGGGGAGAGGACAUGGCUUAUCCACUCCUUCCAUGAUGUCUUCACCGAGCCCCUCUAUCCCGUUUUUUGGCUGUGUGAGGGGCGAGCAGUGGAGCUGUGCUGGAGGGAUUAAGCCAGCACAACCAUGUGGCUCUGCAAACUAGACCAAAAGCCAUAGGCUGGUGCCAUAGCUGAGCUGCAGCCAGUGGCUGUCACAGUGCGAGUGAGACCCCAGUGCCAAGUGGGGUGCAGUGUUUUAACAAGAGCUUAUGAGGACACACAUACAAAUGAACCCUCUGAUUUGCAUGUGCAAGUAUCAUGCAGAUAGCCCAGUUAGGGCAGAGGAAAGAUUGCAGGGGCCAGUUACUGUGUGAGGUGUAGAUGGGGUGAGGUGGGGAGAUAGGGAGGGUGAAAGAAUGAGUUUUUUUGUCUUUUUUCCACCCUUGCCCAAUCUCCCAAGCCUAGAUUCGAGGUGAGGAGAACCCUAGAGAAGAGUGCUGUGGAGAAGGGUGCUGUUGGAGGGAGCCCUGUGCUCAUCCCAAUCCUCCUGUUUCCCUCUUGCCACUCUUGGACAUGGCAGAACAACUUUUUUUUGGGUGCCACGCUGCAUUUGUUCAAUGUACAAAGCUAUUUUCCCCAGUAAAGCCCUAUUUUACUAUUGUUUUGA